AAUGCCAAGAGAAUUGGUAUUUGUUUAGGUUGGCUAAUGUGGAAAUCAAAUAGGAAUGAGAUUUUGGGAUUUAGCUUUGAAAGAACAUGCCAAAGCAAAGUAAUCCCUUCUUUAUGAUGAAUCAUUGUCUUCUUUUUUUAGAAAUGUGAAUUCAAAAAAUUAAGAAUUAAAAAUAGGAGAUCCCAUUCAAAAUUUAAAAGCAAGGGCUUUGAUUGUAGAUAUGGAAGAAGGAGUUAUUAAUUAAAUAAUGAAAAGUCCAUUAGGAGAAUUAUUUGAAGAAAGAUAAUGUAUAAAUGAUGUAUCAGGAGCAGGAAAUAAUUGGGCUCAUGGAUUUUAUCAUUAUGGCAAUUAAUAUGAAAAACAUAUAGAAGAGAGAUUAAGAAAAACUGUAGAAUAAUGUGAUUCAUUAUAAUGUUUUUUUAUGACUCAUUCAAUUGGAGGUGGUACAGGUUCUGGUUUAGGAUCUAGAAUUUUAGGAUGUAUUAAAUAAAUAAAAUCAUAUCAUAGUAUUGGAAGAUAAUUAUCCUGAAGUUUUUAGAUUUACAGCAUCUGUAUUUCCAUCAGGUGAUGAUGAUGUUGUUACAUCUCCAUAUAAUAGUUUAUUUAGUUUGUAUGAAUUGGCUAAACAUGCUGAUUGUGUAUUUCCUAUAGAUAAUUAAGCAUUGAUUAAUAUUGUUGAUUAAAUAGAUAAACCAAACAAAGCUAGAUUGGUAAAAGAGAAUGCACAUGAAGGGAGUGUUGGCAUAAAGAUUACUUAAUUUGGAGAAGAAGAGAAAAGAUAAAAGCCAUUUGAUAAAAUGAAUAGUUUGAUUGCUCAUCUAUUAAGUCAUAUAACAUGUUCAAUGAGAUUUGAAGGAGCAUUAAAUGUAGAUCUCAAUGAAAUCACUAUGAAUUUAGUACCAUAUCCAGACUUACACUUUCUUAUCUCUUCCAUGGCUCCAUUAUAUAGUCUUUUGGAUUCCAAAUUAUAACCAAGAAGAUUAGAUUAAAUGUUCAGUGAUAUUUAUCAUCCUGAUUUUUAAAUGAUCACAGGAUAACCAUCUCUUCAUAAAUAUUUAGCUGUAGGACUUUUAGUUAGAGGAGAUGUUGCUUUUUCAGAUGUUAAUAGGAAUAUAAAGAAAUUAAAAGAUUAAUUGAAAAUGAUUUAUUGGAAUUAAGAAGGUUUCAAAUAUGGAAUUUGUAAUUAACCUCCUAUUGGAUAAUAAUACUCAAUGUUAUGUUUGGCUAAUAAUACUUGUAUUAAAGAUACAUUUUAAGAAAUGACAGAUAGAUUUUAGAAACUUUAUAAACGAAAGGUUUAUGUUCAUCAUUAUAAAUAAUAUAUGGAAUAAUCUCAUUUUGAUGAAACAUUAAAUGGAAUAUAAAAUUUAAUGGUUAAAUAUUAAGAUUUAGAAAUGGCCUAACCAAAAAAAUAUUAAAGAAUUUAACCUAUUUUUUGA